AUGAUGGAUGGAGAAGAGAAAACCUAUGGUGGCUGUGAAGAUCCUGCCAUGGAUGUCAUAUCAAUAUCUUCAGAUGGUCAUGAAUUUGUGGGCAAAAGAGAACAUGCACUAACAUCCGGAACAAUAAAAACCAUGUCGAGUGGCCCUGGUCACUUUGCUGAGAACGAAACUAAUGAAGUCCAUUUUUUUUUCAUUAUUUUUUUAAUGCUUAGAGAUCCUUCACAUGUGCUAUCAAAAGUAUGCAUGUACUUUACCUACAAGGUUCGUUACACUAACAGCUUCACGGAGAUUCCUGAAUUCCCAAUUGCACCUGAAAUUGCACUGGAACUGCUGAUGGCUGAGAACUUUCUAGAUUGUUAA